AUGCCAAUGAACUCUGUUGGAACGGAGGGCACAAAGCAGAAGCGAAUUUGCGUGAUUGGCGCCGGUGGAUCAGGUCUGCCGUGUGUCAGAUGGGCUCGAGAGUACGGUGCCGAUGUGACAUGCUUCGAGCGAUCCAACGGAGUUGGCGGCCUUUGGCACUACAAACCGAAUCCAACUGAUCUUUCGAAUGUGAUGAGAGGAACUGUGAUCAACACCUCGAAAGAAAUCCUGGCCUAUUCUGAUUUCCCUCCAGAUGAGAAGUAUUUUCAGAAUCUCCCCAAUUUCAUGCAUCAUUCGCUUUUGCAUCGCUACUUGGAGGACUAUUGCACGCAUCACGAUCUCUGGAGAAACAUCAAACUUCAGCACAAAGUAACGAGCGUCGAGAGAACGGCCGACUAUUCGGAUACCGGCCGAUGGAAUGUCACAUUCGUUGACUUGACGACGGGAAAAGAAGGAAAGCAAAUAUUCGAUGGAGUAAUGGUUGCCUCGGGACAUCAGGACACUCCCUAUUACCCGCCGCCUUUUCCCGGACAAGAGACUUUCACCGGCCGAAUCUCUCAUUCGCAUGAUUAUCGGAGCACAGCAGGAUACGAAGAAAAAACGGUGAUCGUGGUUGGGAUCGGAAAUUCGGGAGCCGACGUCGCCAGCGAAUUGGCCAGAGUCACCAAGAAGGUCUACUUGGUCUGCCGACGCGGCGGUGCCUGGAUAUUCAAUCGAAUGGUGGAACGUGGCGUUCCCUAUGACUAUGUUUUGGCAAACAGAUUCACCAACAACGUGCUGCUCAAAGUCAUCUCGCCGACGCGCUUCAGCAAGAUGCUCGUGAAGGAUCUGAACAAGCGUUUCGAUCAUGAGCAGUUCCGAAUCAAGCCGAAGAAUGGGCCGCUUAGUUCUCAUCCGACGGUGUGCGACGAGCUGCCGCUUCGAUUGAUGGCUGGCACGGUGAUUGUGCGACCACAGAUCAAGAAGUUCUCGCUCUCGUCGGUCGUCUUCGAGGACGGAACUGAAGCUGUAAACGUUGAUGAGGUCGUCUUCUGCACUGGCUUCAAAUACAAUUUGAACAUAAUUGAAAACGGACGGACACUUCCGGUAGAGAACAACCGUCACCCAGGCAUGUAUUUGCAUAUGUUUCCACCACAAACAGGCGACAAAAACACGCUGUGUUUCAUCGGAUUGCUCAUGCCGUGGGGUGGCCUUUUCCCGGUGGCCGAGAUGCAAGCGCGGCUCUUCUGUGCCCAAAUGUUUCGCGAGAUUAGUCUUCCGAACGUCGACCAAAUGCGAUUGAGUAUCUCGAAAGAUGAGGAGAAAGCGAGGCAACGCUAUACACACAGCAAUCGACACUACUUUGAGGUCGAUUUCGUUCCCUACCUUGAGAGAUUGGCUGGAAUAUUGCGAUGUCGCCCGAGCAACUUCCGGCUCAUGUUUACCGACUGGACACUGUUCAAAAAAGUGUUCUUCGGUCCCUGUGUCUCGCCUGUCUACCGGCUUCACGGAAAACACUCGUGGAUCGGUGCCCGAGAGGCGAUUCUUGGAGUCGAGCACCGAACUUCAACGGCUUAUCUUGGACUCGGUCCCGUCGGCUCGCAUUCGGGAUACUGCCAAAUGGGGCGACUCGAGAAAAAUGGGCAAAACGAGACGCAAAGGAGCGGAACAGCACCCAAUGGAACGAUUCACAUAAAUAAUUUCGAUGGACCCUGUGUUUUAUUGAAUUUCUACGGUUUACUCGUUAUUUAUGUAGCCACUCCACCUCAAAUGGAGUCCUUUCAGCGAUAUAUUCUCACAGUUCAAUAUCUUGGCAUCCUCAAUGAUCUCAUUUUAUCAUACGGUGUAUUUGUGAUUUUCUCCUUUCCUGCUUGGGGCCUUAUCCCGAUCGGUCUUUUUGUCGCCUUUGGUAUCCCAACACAGAUCGAACUGAUAGUUUGGUUUGGUUGUGUAACAACCUUUAUCGCUGCCUUACUUGUUGCUCUAUUUCAACGACAACAAGCCAUCACACCGGUUGAUCAUUGGGCAAAGCUUUCAAAAAGAACAGUGCAAGUGAUUGAGCUGGCUGUCUACUUGCAUCCAUUCUAUUCAGUAGUUCCCAUCAUUUAUUAUCUUUUCACUCUAAAUGAUCUGAAUGUGGCUAUUCAGUACAACUAUCAGAGUUGGCCGCAACUUCAGCAAUUCUAUCAGUCUCCAUCUUAUUGGACAAUGCAAGGAAAUAUUGCUGAAAUAUUUGGACAUGCUAUUGUAGGAAGAUAUGUCAAUGUUAUUCUUUUAGUACUGAUUGUUCUUUACAUUGUUAUCUAUUGGACUCUUUACAAGCUCCGACAUAUUUUCAGUGAACGGACGUUGAUGUUACAAAAGAAAUGGAUUCGGAAUCUCAAUACUCAGACUGUAACUUAUUUCUUUGGAACAGGCUUUGAACCAAAUGAAAUUGCGUCAAAAUCAAUAAAAACACCACCAAAUCCUGACUUGGCUUUGAAAAAGAAAGAAAAACAGAUUGAAGAAAAGCUUUUUGGUGUACGGGUGAUUGAUAAAAUUUGUGACCAGGAGAAGAAAUGCUUUGAGAUUAAAGAUGUUGGUUCGCUUGAUGAACGAGGGAAUUUCUUUGUCGCUCGCAAAAUCAUCCCAACGAAUCUCCAAGAUACAGCCGUCACACUAGCGCAACUUCAGAAGCCAAAAGAACUGACAUGGCAAAAUUUCAACACCAAGACUUGGCCUGUUCAAAAUGAUCGUCUUUUUAGCGUUUACAAUCAAGUGCAAGUUGGAUCAAUCUUGCUGGGACAGACUUCUACUUUACCAAACCCUGAUUCACUCCGUGUACUAUUGAUUGGACUCGGCGGAGGAGCUGUGUUCAAUUUUCUGUCAAACGUAGAAAAAGUCAAGAUCCAAACAACAGCAAUCGAAAUCAACCCAACAUUUGUUGAAAUCUCGAAGAAGUGGUUUAAUUUAGCUGAAAACGCUCAAAGCCAGAUUUUGGUGGAAGAUGGACUGAUUUACGUGAAAAAUGCUGUUGAGAAAAAUGCAAAAUUUGAUUCGAUUCUUUUGGAUGCAUGCUAUGAUGAUCAGAAAAGACCAAUAAUUUGUCCUGUUAAUGGAUUUUUGGCAAAGAAAUCGAUCGAAAAUUUAUAUCAAUUGCUGGAUGAAGAGGGAACUCUAACUGUAAACCUUUACACUGGACAAGAUCAAGCUGUUAAUGAGGAAAAGGUUUUCGAUGAAUUUGCUGCAGUUUUUAAGUCAUGCAUUUUGCUCAACUAUGACCCAAGAAGGAUGUUGAUCUGUUUCAAAGAUCAAAAACUUUCUCUUUCAACAGAUCGACAGGAAAUUCUCGAUAGAUUCAAAAGAGCUGAUGCUGUCUUUGACUUCUCUUUACUUGAAAGAUUGUCAGAGCUGAAUAAA